AUGGGCGUGUGCUGGGGGCCCGUGGUGCGGGUGCUGGUGCUGCAGGCGGCCUGGGCGCUGGGCGGCGGGCAGGUGCGCUACUCGGUGCCGGAGGAAGCCAAGGCCGGGACGGUGGUGGGCCGGCUGGCGCAGGACCUGGGCCUGGAGGCGGGCGAGCCGGAGGCGCGUCGGCUGCGGCUGGUGGCGCAGGGCCGGCGGGCGAGCGUGGAGGUGAGCGGGGCGAGCGGGGCGCUGGUGGUGAGCUCGCGGCUGGACCGGGAGGAGCUGUGCGGAAGAGCGCGCCGUGCGCCCUGCGCCUGGAGGUGCUGGUGGAGCGGCCCGCUGCGCGUCUUCCACGUGGAGCUGGAGGUGACCGACAUCAACGACAACGGCGCGUCGGAUGCAGACGUCGGAGCCAACGCGCAGCUCUCCUAUACCGUCAACCCCAGCGAGUAUUUUACGCUGGAUGUUAAAUCCUCUGAUGAGAACAGGAAAUCCCUGUUCCUGGUGCUCGCGAAAUCUCUGGACCGCGAGACGAUGGCUGAGCACCGUUUGGUGUUGACGGCGAGUGACGGGGGCCGUCCAUCGCUGAUGGGCACGAUGGAGCUGGUGAUCUCGGUGCUGGACGCCAACGACAACGCGCCCCAGUUCAACCAGUCGGUGUAUAAAGUGCAGCUGCCAGAGAGCGCUGCAGAGGGGACGUUAGUGGUGCGGGUGAACGCCACGGAUCCAGACGAGGGUCUCAAUAGUGAGUUCUAUUAUAGCAUCGUUAGUUCCCUUCCUGCUGUUAACAGAGGUGUCUUCACCAUUGAUCCCAAGACGGGCGAAAUCAGACUGACGGGCGCCCUGGACUAUGAAAACGUCCGUUUCCACGAGAUACAAAUCGAAGCGAGAGACAAAGGUUGGGCCCCCGCUGUCGGUCACUGCAGCGUGGAGCUGGAGGUGCUGGACGUGAACGACAACGCGCCGGAGGUGUGGGUGACGUCGCUGUCGGUGCCCGUGCCGGAGGACGCGGCGGUGGGGACGGUGGUGGCGCUGCUGAGCGUGUCGGACCGGGACUCGGGGGCGAACGGUCGGGUGCGCUGCGCGGUGUGGCCGGCGGCGCCGUUCGGGCUGGUGGCGACGUUCGCGGGCUCGUACUCGCUGGUGCUGCGGGAGGCGCUGGACCGGGAGCGGGUGUCGGAGUACGAGGUGGAGGUGCGGGCGGAGGACGGCGGGGCGCCGGCGCUGCGCGCCAGCCGCGGGGUGCGGGUGCCGGUGUCGGACGUGAACGACAACGCGCCGGCGUUCGCGCAGGCCGUGUACACGGUGCUGGCGCGGGAGAACAACGCGGCGGGCGCGGAGCUGGCGCGGCUGUGGGCGCGGGACCCGGACGAGGCGGGCAACGGGCGCGUGAGCUACUCGGUGGCGGAGGGCGUGGGCGGGGGCGCGGUGGCGGGCGGGGGGUGGCGGGCGGCGUCGAGCUACGUGUCGGUGGACGCGGAGAGCGGGCGGCUGUGGGCGCUGCAGCCGUUGGACUACGAGGAGGUGCAGGUGCUGCAGUUCGAGGUGCGGGCGGUGGACGCGGGGGAGCCGCCGCUGUGCGGCAACGCCACGGUGCAGCUGUUCGUGGUGGACGAGAACGACAACGCGCCGGCGCUGCUCCCGGCUGCCGGGGGCGGGCCGGGCGUCGGGGCCGCGGGCUCGGCGGCGUCGGGGCCGGGCUCGGGCUCGGGCUCGGGCUCGGGGGCGCUGUGGGCGUGGGCGGCGUGGGGGGCGCCGGCGGGGCAGGUGGUGGCGAAGAUCCGCGCGGUGGACGCGGACUCGGGCUACAACGCGUGGCUGCGCUACGAGCUGUGGGAGCCGCGGGGGAAGGGCCCGUUCCGCGUGGGGCUGUACAGCGGCGAGGUGAGCACGGCGCGGGCGCUGGAGGAGGCGGACGGCCCGCGGCAGCGGCUGGUGAUCGUGGUGCGGGACCACGGGGAGCCGGCGCGCUCGGCCACGGCCACGCUGAGCGUGUCGCUGGUGGAGGGCGCCGAGGCGGCGCUGGCGGCCGCGGGCUCGUCGUCGUCGGGGGCGGGGCUGCGCCUGUUCCUGCUGGCGGUGGUGCUGUACGGGGCGUCGCGGUGGGCGCCGCGGGCGGCCGUGCUGUCGGGGCCCGGUCCGGCGACGCUGGUGUGCGCCAGCGAAGUGGGGAGCUGGUCGUACUCGCAGCGCCAGAGCCGGAGCCUGUGCGUGGCGGAGGGCGCGGGCAAGAGCGACCUGAUGGUUUUCAGCCCCAACUUCCCGCCGCCGCCCGGCCCCGCGGCGAAGGAGACGCAGCCGGAGGCGCCCGCUCUCGUGGACACGGUUGUGGACUACGUUCCUCACCAGUGA